UCAUGACUCCGUGAGAAAGUCCGUCUCCACGAAAUACCUGACGCACAUCCAGACACACAAAGCCACCCAUACACACCGCGACACAAGCAUGUACGCCACACACUUAACUUACUGGAAGCACUGCAGCAGCAGCGUCUCGAAGUCACGUAUCUCCGGCGCCAGCAGCUGGUACAGGAGGGGCGGCCGACGACGCAUGAUGGUGGGGCUGCUGUCGCCAUCUGCGAAUGACGUGUACCGGGGCCGCUUGCACAGCCGACGCUCAUCAACCUGAUGACAUGACGCACCAGAGUACAUCCAUCAGUGGCAUGGCGUGUGUAGAUAUACGCGUCAUUCUGACCUGUCCUUCCUCCAGCUGAGUGUCGUCGCCAACUGCGUCGCCGUCGAAGCUCUCACCUGCACGAAUGCACGCAGGCAGCCAGGCAGACGCAUACCAACACAGGCAGCUCUAUUUUGCUAAUCGUGCUGACUCACCUCUGCCCCUCCCCCGCCCAAUGCCUCCUCGUCCCCGCCCUCCACGGCCCCUCAUGAGCCCACGGCCCCGUCCCCUGCCGCGGCCGCGGGCAUCGGCUGCACACCCGAAGGCAGGGUGCAGGUGCCGCUGCUGCUGCUCCAACAUCGCCGUCCGACCGAACGCAGACCUCAUCGCGUCACGCAGCAAUCCUGCAUGCAUUGAAGAAGAAUCAGUCGGAGGGGUUCGUGUUGCGUGUGUGUGUGUGUGUGGAUGCGUUUCUGUGUGCGUGUGCUGGUGGCUACUUUCGAGGGCGCUGCUUGGUCUGGGUCUCUUGGCCUUGGUGGCGGAUUUGCCGGCAGAGCGCCGCUGACGCACCUCAGCCACCUGUGAAUGCACCAGACACAGAGGAGAGGCAGGGGCAUCCUCACACUUGAUGGGAGCAUGUGUGCAGGUUCCCUCUUACCUUUUCUCUGGUCGGGAAGUUCGUCUUUCGUGCGGCCCGCCAUGCGGUGAUCUCCUCGGGCGAGUCCACCACACUCCUCCUGCACACAACAGAUGACGGCGCAUAGACACGCAGAGAUGAAUGACGCCAUAUAGAUCUGUGUGUAUAGGAAUGUGUGUGCGAGAGGUUUGCCUACCCGUCUGUUGCCUUCAUGUGUUUGAACCGAUGCACACUCAUGAUGUGGGGAGGGCCACUACACACCCCACCACACACACACACACACACAGAGAGAGAGAGAGAGAUACAUCAGAUCGCGGCUCUGAUCCAGUCCUUACUCUCCCCUCCUGACCUGAAGUUGCAUCCCUCCACUGGGCACGGGAUGUGCUCCUCCUCCCUGUGCUGUUCCAGCGCCUCCUGCGUCUUGAAGCGCUUGUCGCACACACGACACCACACAAACUCAGACUCACGAUCACUGACACACACACGCACAUCCCAUAUAGUGGCAUGGUGGCAUGUUCUGCCGACACGGACAAUCGGCUGCCUCGUGUCCUACCGUUUCCGGCCUCUAUUGCUGUUGCUACCAUGGUCACGUCCCCCGUGCCCCCUCCACGGCCGCCUCUGAUAGCCGCCUCGCAUAGGAAGGGGAGGACAGGAGGCUCCACCCAUUCCCAUCAUCUGGUAGCCCGCUGCAGGGAUAUGCAUGCAGCCCGGAUAGUGCCCGUACGGCUGUGGCUGUGGCGGCCAUCCGUAAGGCCGCCAGCUCAUCGGAGGUGGUGGCACGGGCAGAUAGGUCGACUGAUGAGGAUGGUGAUGGUAACUCGGCUGCCGCCUUGACGGAGUGUGGCCACGAUGAGGCAAUUGCUGGAAGAAACACACAGGGUUUUCAUUCACACACGAGUGCAUGUGAACCACCACACACCUGAUGAUUGGAAGGGCCUGGCCUUGGUGCUUCCUCCGCCUCUUGGCCUCGCUUCUGAAGCGCCGCCCACGCAAGUUUGUUCAUUGUCGAGGCACAAGAGGCUUCCCACACACGAAUCGAGCGCAGAAAAGCUGGGUCGUGCCGUCUUUU